AUUUGAACUGUGUUUGAAAAUUGAAAUUCAAAUAAAACUGACUUGAACAGCGGUCAGCGUCCUUGUUUUAUUGAAUUUUGCACAUCGUACUGCGUACAACUAGACACAAGUAAUAAAACUUUAACUGCUAAUCUGUAACUCAUGUGGUGUACAUUGUUAAUCAAAACUACAUAAAAUGGCUUCCAUGGCCGACCAUAUCCAGAAGAUGAGGGAGGAGAGGAUUGCCAGAGAGAAGGCCAGACUUGAUAAGUUGCGAGAACUUAAUCUAAAGAAAUAUAGCAACAAUGAAUUGCAACAGCUGAAAAAAGUUCCUUCAGCUGUGUCUGUCUCUGCCAAAAUCAAACCAAAUGUUGCUACAGUAGAGACCACCACAACCACGUCUGACACAAAAUAUAGCAACAAUGGAGUCCAACAUCUGAAAAAAGUUCCUUCAGCUGUGUCUGUCUCUGCCAAAACCAAAGUAGAUCUUGCUCCAGGACAGGCUACCACAUCCAGAUCCGACACUAUCACAGUUGUCAAAAAACCAACUGUACCAAAUACAAGUAAUAAUAAAAAAUCUACAGCACCUAAAACCCUUUUAAACAAAGAUGGAAAAAAUAAGUCACAUAAUGAUAAGAAGUUAAAGCCUGCACUUGAAGCUCCUAGAAGCGCUGUUGUUAAAAUAACUAAGGAAAGCGAUUUGGUAGAAAAACCAAAAUUUGUGAAGAAUGUUGAAAAUGAAACUAAUCAUGAAGAAGAAUCUAAUAUAAACUUAAACGUCCACGAAUCUAAAACAGUAGAUGAUGCAAAUGAUGAAACUUUGACACAAAAUAGUAAUGGUACAAAUAAUCAAGUAAUUGCAAGUAGUUCAAAAAACACUAACCCUCGAUCAGAAAAUGAAGUCAAGAAAAGUAGUUUAAAACCUACUGUAAUAACACACAAUGUGAAUCAGGCAAAACUUGUGAAAAGUGCAAUUCACAAAAUCGAUUCUCGAAAAAGUAUUGCUGUAAUACCAAAAGUUAACAGUAAACCUAAAACAGUUGAUAGAAGAAAGACUAUGAUUCCUGAGCCAACAGCAAAAAGUGCUUCUACAAUAAAUACUAAAGAGUCUGUUUUUGAUAGACUAUAUAAACCAAGAGUUGUGCAUAAACAGCCACCAGUGGAUAAUGUUUCGAGAUUGAAAUGUGACCCAGAAUUCUUUAAAAAAGUUGUGAAACAAUCUGAAUUUAUCACAGGUAGAGUCAAAAUGAACGUAGAACCCAAAGUUAGACGAUCUAUAUCUGCUGUACAUUUAAAAAGAGUUCCCAAAAGUGAGUUGAACAAUUGCAUGCACAAAUGGGCAUCAAUUGGUAACAAUAUGAACAAGGAAGACGUUCAAAACAUUCAUGAAGGUGAAAAUUUGAAGGAAGAAACAAUUGUUUCCGCUGUGAGAAGUGAGAAGAAGCGAGUCGAAUUUAAAACACCUCUUCCAUUGAACUUUAAUGCUUCUAAACAGGAAGAACUCCAUGCAAAGUUGCAGAACUGGUGUAAAGCAAAAGGAAAAUCCAUAGACUCCUACCACCAUUUGCAAUGUUUUGGACUUCAUCAUUUAUCAAAUGGCUUAAAGCCACUGGACGCGCCACUGUUUGAUGAUGCUGAUGAAAAUAAAGAAAACAUUGCAUUAGAACAUGACAGCGACAAUGAGUCGUUCAAUGAAAAUAACAAUAAAAAUGGUAACCUGGAUGAUGAGAAGGCUCGGGUCUCUGAGCAUGAGUGGCGUAUGGGCGCCAGCAUGUUAGACUCCAGCGACUACAACGACAGCUGCGCGUCAGUGAUGACGUGCAGCGAGAACGCUCAGAAUGACGAGUUGUUUCUAGGAGCUUUGAAUGAUUUGACAAAUCUUGUGCGUGAGGGUUACGAUUGGGAGCAGUGCGAUUACUGGCGGCGGGCGAUACGCCAGAAGUUCAAAGAGGCGGCCAACUCGGCGCAGUACUGGGAGUGCCGCGCGGCGCUGGAGGAGAUGCGCGAGGACCUGCACGCCACCGUGGAGUGUCUGGAAAAGGCCCUCGCUAUGGGCACUAAGCAAUCUGUUGUGGAGGCAAACCUGGACAGCUUGCUCAAUAAAUUUAUAAAGCUGAAAAUAAGUCCCAGCAAUGGAAAGAAACAGGCUGAGAUUGAACCCAAGCUGGUUGAUAUCAAGAAUGUCUUCAAGAGCACCAUCAUACGCUUUGCCGUUAAGCAGGCUAAGUUACACCAAUCAAAUGGCACUCCAAAGUACACAGUGACGCCGGUCCGUCGCAGCCACCGGCUCAGCCGCGCGCACACUCCCCUCCGCGUGUGCGCCACGAUUCAGCAGGCGAAGGAGUUUGGUGCUGAGUUCAGGCCCAAUAGAGCACUUCACGACAGCCCUUAGAAUAUAUAUCCAAAUGUUUCCCCCCGCUCAUACCCUUAUAGUCUGGCAAGUUCGUUGAUGACACUCCCAUGAUAUGCGGGCGACGGGGGGGAAAGACUGCGCGGGUGUGAAAUCGUGCGUGCGAGGAAGUGCGGUGCAUCAGUCGAGAGUUUUUCAGUGUUACGAACGAAGUUGCCAAGCUAUACGCACAUAUCAGAACGUUGCCAGACCCUGUUUUAGGGAGAGGGACAAUAUAUAGACAUAAAAUAUAACAUUCAAGGUACACGAAAUCUAUUUUGCUGCUACCUUUUGCGAACUGAGUUCAUUUCGACGCACUGUUAAAUUGUCGCUUUUUCAUUUCUGUAUACAGGGUGCUCGGGAGUAUUUCCCAUAACUCCAGGGUUAUAUUCUUUUACAAAAAUUGAUUCGAAUUGUUCAAGGAACAAGACUUGUUCUAAAAUGAAUAUUUUCGGAGUAAAUAAUAUUUCUUUUGUAAAUAGAUUUUAAAAUGAAUCCCUUAAACGCAUCCUUAUAAUAAUGACGUUUUAUUGUUUUACGUAUUUUAAAAUGCAAGGAUACAUUAAGGCGCGUGUUACAUGGAUCGUUGGAAUUAUUUGAAUUACUUUGUAUGAUAACAUAAAAAGAUUUUAUUUUUUUGUUACUGCAUAACUAGUAAAAAAGUACUAGUUAUGCAGUUCGGCUCCUAUAAGUGGACUCGUCAACACCUUGAAGUUGUGGGAAAUACUCCCGAGCACCCUGUAUAAAACGUCAGAAGCGCGGGAACGCUUUUGACAUUUGUGUGUUUGGACUGUCCUUUUGAAUUUACCUUUUUGAUUGAAUUGUCCCAAGGCACACUCGUCCUAAUUGUAACUUAGUUCGCAAAAGCGAUUCUAAAAUGUCUUAAGUUUUGUUUUUUUUAAUUUAUAUCUAUUAUCGUUAAUACACAAAAAAAAAUUAAUACUUUAUCUAUAGUUUUUUUACUGUGUAAAUGACUGGCUUCAUCUAACAGGGGCAUACCUAAUUUUGCCCUAUUUACUUUCAAAUGCAGUCUAUUUUAUAGGUUUAUGUAAGUGUUUCUUAUUGCAUAUUUCUAUAUGUUGACUUCUUUGUUGUCUGACAUGUAAAAACCCUGUAAUAUUUUAUUUUUAGAAGUUUUGCAUUGCAGGUUUGUUUGUAUUAAUGUCCAUUGACCUUGGAGGUUGAGUUUUACCCACUAGUGUGGCCAUAAUGACGUUUUUAAAAGCUACUUUUUUCCAUUACCUUCUACUAAGAUAUUUCUUUAUGUUCACUUAAUACUUAAUCUGAUAAAUUAUUACUAUUUAUUUAAUAAUAACUUCUACUCGUUACUGUGACUUGUAAUGAAUGAUAUAGAUAUUUUUUUAUCAGGUGCAUAUUCAAGUUAAUCAUGUGGAACAAAUCAUUUCUAUUAUUAUUAUACGAGUGCCUUUAAAGGAGCAAGUCUUGUAUGCAUUCAUUGUAUGUAUAUAAUAUUUAAUCAUCUCUAAAACGGCUCCAACGACUUUCAAUAAAUUUUGGUAUGCAGAGGGUUUCGGAGGCAAUAAAUCUAUUUUGCUAAGUUUAAUUUUUAUAAAACAUACAAAAAAAAAACUGAACAAAGGUCAUGCAGGUAUUUAUUAUUAGCUAUAUGCAUUAGGGACUUUUUUUAAUCAAAUUGAUGACUCGUUCUACGUGAUAAUGGACCCUCGGGAAGCCUACUUGGAACGUGACAACAAUUAACAUUCUCGCAUUCGCACACGAUUCUCGCAUUUCAAUAUCAAAGUCGUUUUUCAUGUAAGCUUAAUUUACAAUUUGUAUCGCUACAAAUGCGCAUAUGUAGCGAUUUUAACGAUUAAUAAAAAUGCGCGUCGUCAUCUCCUUUCAAUAACGUCGUGUGCCUUUCAAUAACGUCGUGUGCGAAAGCUCUAACCUCCGAAUGCUCUCUUAAAAAGAAGGAGGCCUGGACCUGUUGUGUGCCUUCAAAUAAGCAAAUACAUUAAUUGCUGUUUUCUGUCUAAUAUAUUAAUUAUAAAAAUA